AUGGGCGAAUCGGAAAAGCCAGGGACUGAAGCCCCGCCCAUGUACUGUCGGCUCGUGCACGGACCCGGAAGCUGGUGUUUUCUACAGUCAGCGGGCGAUUUCCGGGUGUCUUGUGCAGACGAAUCUGAGAAUACCUGUCACUGCAUUGCUGAAGGACUAAACAGGGAAGAACAUCCCACAUUUCUCAGUGUUAGAAUGGAUGCAGAUCCAGACUCCACAAUCAUUGCAUUCUUGACAGAAUGUAAGACUUACCAUUUAUUCUGGUUGACAAAGUUUUACCAGGACAGACUUGAACAGGCGAUUGAAGAAAGGGUAGACGGUGUCAGCUCAUUGUUAACAUAUAAGAGGAUUUUCAGUGGAAAGGAACAUUUGGAAAUCACUGAGCUCGCGAAGAAGAGAAACCGAGCGGAUAGUUCCAAACUUCUCCUAAACCUGGUGAUGGAGAAAGGCUCUCAGGCCCAAAGGGUGAUAUGGGAAUCCUUUGUAAAAAUGCGCCAUGGUUUACCAAAGUUGGAUAAAUUACUGAAAACGAUAGAGGAACAUGGUUCUGAUCCAAUUCAUUAUAUGGAUAAUGUCCGAAGUUUGUCUGAAAUACCCAGUCACCUGAAAGAUGUUCAGCAGAAACACAAGGAAACUCUCCGGGUACAAACUGAAACAUUGAGAGUGAAUACUAUCCUAAUAAAGGAGAAGGUGAAGGUUUUCCAGCUGAUUGAUCGAUAUGCUGAGCUAACGGUCAUUUCUACUGUUCGAGAUCGGACGCUUGUAGAACAUGAACUACUGGCAAGAGGCCGAGACCAUGAAGAGUGGAGAGAAAAGCAUCUCCGUCGUGAACUGGAAAAAAUCAGAGCUGAUCAAUUGUUCUAUAGCAGCUUUUCUCGGAGAAAAUUUAACUCUGGGGGUUCAGCAGCAGUGAGUGGAGUCCCAGGAAUUGGAAAAACAACAAUGGUACAAAAAAUUGUUUAUGAUUGGGCCAUUGGGAAAAUAUACCCAGAAUUUCAAUUUGUUUUCAGUUUUAAAUUCCGGGAUUUAAAUGCUAUCAACUGCAGAAUAAAUCUGAAGAGUCUGAUACUAGAUCUAUAUCCUUACUUUGGGAAUGUUCUUGGAGAGCUCUGGAAGAACCCAGAAAGUUUGCUGUUUAUAUUUGAUGGUUUGGAUGAAUUCAAGGACAGUAUUGAUUUUUCUGACAGCCGGAGAAAUGCAGAGCCUCCGCUGAUGUGUAUGGAUCCUGAUUGCUGGUGUGAAGUGUCUGAUAUUGUGUAUGGUUUAAUCCAGCGCAAGCUGCUCCCAGGAUGUUCAGUGCUAGUGACCAGCCGUCCCAUUGCAUUGCAUUUAUUGGAAAAGGCUGAGAUCAGUGUCUGGGCUGAAAUCCUGGGAUUUGUUGGUGAUGACAGGAAGGAAUAUUUCAACAGGUUUUUUGAGGAUCAGACAGUGGCAGCAGCUGUUUUCAAACAUGUGGAGGAGAAUGAGAUGCUUUACACCAUGUGCUACAACCCUUCGUACUGCUGGAUCCUCGGUCUGUCACUGGGUCCCUUUUUCACAGAAAAAGACAUGAAACGGCAGCAAGUGCCCAAGACCAUCACCCAACUCUAUUCCUACUAUAUUUACAACAUUCUGAAAAACCAUAGCCGAGAGAUUGAAGAUCCCCGUGAUGUGUUACUGAAACUUGGUGAGAUGGCCUUCGCAGGCGUCUCUGAGAAGAAAAUUGUGUUUCGGAAUGGAGAUUUGAUCCAGUACAAUCUGCAACCCUCCCAGUUCCUGUCUGGGUUCCUGAUGGAACUGUUGGAGCGAGAUGAUUCUGUCCACAGUGUGUUUUACACGUUUCCACAUCUCACCAUCCAAGAGUUUGUAGCUGCACUCGCACAAUUCCUGAUCGCACAUCCCAAAAACAUCCAGAAUCUCCUUGGUGAAGCCCACAGUAAGGAGGAUGGGACGUUUGAAGUAUUUCUCCGUUUUGUAGCUGGUCUCUCUUCCCCACAGGCCGCACAGCCCCUGGUGAAGUUUCUCGGUCCAUUUCUUCAUCAAACAACCUGUCAAGUUAUUGAAUGGGUAAAGAAAACCCUUAUCAACUUUGCUGGAAGUGCAAUGGAUAACAGUGGGAAAAGAAGCCUCCUGAUGAUGAUGCACUGUCUGUUUGAAUCUCAGAAUAAAGCACUGGCUCAGGCCACAGUGGGAUCUGUGAAAAUACUUAACUUUGAUGGAUUGCAACUCACCCCUAUUGACUGUGUGGCCCUCUCUAAUGUCAUUGGGUUUUGUGAUUCAAUAAAAGAGCUCAGACUACGUGAAUGCUAUAUUCAUUGUGAAGGACUCCAGCGGCUGGCAUCCGUUCUGCACAAAUGCCACAUCUUGAGACUGCGUGGUAAUGAUCUGGAAGAUUCCAGAGUGAGAAUCGUGUGUACGGCUCUGAAGAAUCCAGACUGUGAAAUAGAGAGACUGGAACUGAGUCAUAAUGGCCUCACAGAUUCUUGUGCCAAGGAUCAUGCCUCUGCUCUCAGCACAAAGCAGUCAUUGACACAUUUGGAUCUGAUGUCAAACUCCUUCACAGAUGAAUCUGCCCCCUUUCUCUUCCACCUUAUACAGACCUGCAAGAGUCUCCAGGAGAUUGUACUGAGUGAAAAUAAAUUGGGAGAUUCUGGAGUGAGAUUACUGUCUGCAGCUCUGAAGAAUCCAGAGUGUAAAAUUGAGAGGCUGGGACUGGCUGAUAAUGAUCUCUCAGAUUCUUGUGCUGAGGAUCUUGCCUCUGCUCUCAGUUCAAAGCAGUCGUUGACACAUUUGGAUCUG